UUCAUUUUCUGGCCAGUAGGUGCUGUAAAGCUAAACAAAGACGGAAGUAGAUGCAGGGAAAUCCUCUCGGUUCGCUUCAGUUUCUGCUUCUGUGAAUUCUACGCUGUUCGGGUUGCAGGAUGGUGGUUCUGAAGGGCAUCCCCUCUGUUUUAUCACCCGAGCUGCUGUAUGCGCUGGCCAAAAUGGGCCACGGGGAUGAACUGGUACUUGCAGAUGCCAAUUUCCCUGCGUCUUCUAUUUGUGCCUGUGGUCCUAAAGAGAUCAGAGCUGAUGGUCUGGGAAUCCCACAACUUUUAGAGGCGAUUUUAAAGUUGUUGCCCUUGGAUACCUACGUCGACAGACCGGCAGCAGUCAUGGAUCUGGUAGACAGCGACAAACAGAGAUGUUUAGCUGUCCCAGUGUGGGACACUUAUGCACAGCUCCUCAGCCGGGCAGGCUCACAGAGCUCUCUGGAGAAAAUGGAAAGAUUUAAUUUCUACGAACGAGCUAAAAAGGCCUAUGCUGUCGUGGCAACAGGGGAAACUGCUCUCUAUGGAAACUUAAUAUUGAAGAAGGGAGUCAUUCCUGCUGAGAUGCUGCAGUGAAGGAAACAUGGUUUUGCCAGAGGCUCCAAUUUUUCAUAUUUUUUAGGAAUCUGAAACACAAAUUUAAUUAUUUUCUGUUAAAAUAAAAAAAAAAAUACAUAUA